AUGUCGGGUAAUUUAGGAAUGGAACAAUUGAUCCCAAUUGUGAAUAAGCUUCAAGAUGCUUUUACACAAUUGGGGGUUCAUAUGCAACUUGAUCUACCACAAAUUGCUGUGGUGGGUGGACAAUCAGCAGGCAAAAGCUCCGUACUAGAAAAUUUUGUUGGCAGGGAUUUCUUGCCUAGAGGUUCUGGUAUUGUUACAAGAAGGCCACUUAUCUUGCAGUUAAUAAAUAGUAAUGCAGAAUAUGCUGAAUUCCUACACUGCAAAGGUAAAAAGUUUACCGAUUUCAAUGAAGUGCGUGGUGAGAUUGAAGCCGAGACGGAUCGCAUCACAGGCUCUAAUAAGGGAAUUUCACCAGUUCCCAUUAACCUGAGAGUCUACUCACCAAAUGUAUUGAACUUGACGUUGAUCGACUUGCCUGGCCUGACGAAGGUGCCCAUCGGAGACCAGCCGCCGGACAUCGAGCAACAGAUCAAAGCGAUGAUCUUCCAGUUCAUAAGACGCGAGUCCUGCCUCAUCCUAGCUGUGACGCCAGCCAACACCGACCUGGCGAACAGCGAUGCCCUCAAACUUGCCAAAGAAGUUGACCCACAGGGUCUGCGUACUAUCGGUGUGAUAACUAAGCUUGAUCUCAUGGACGAGGGUACCGAUGCACGAGAUGUACUUGAAAACAAGCUGCUGCCUCUGAGGCGAGGGUACAUCGGUGUUGUGAACAGGUCGCAGAAGGAUAUCGACGGCCGCAAGGAUAUAUCUGCAGCACUCGCCGCUGAAAGGAAGUUCUUCCUCAGCCAUCCCUCCUACCGCCACAUCGCCGACCGGCUCGGUACUCCCUACCUCCAGCGGGUGUUGAACCAACAGCUCACAAACCACAUCAGGGACACUCUGCCAGGGUUGAGGGACAAGCUGCAGAAACAAUUACUGACACUGGAGAAGGAUGUAGAUCAGUACAAACACUUCCGACCAGAUGAUCCAUCUAUCAAGACAAAGGCUAUGUUGCAAAUGAUCCAACAGCUUCAGACGGACUUCGAGAGGACCAUCGAAGGUUCUGGUUCAGCUCAGAUCAAUACUAAUGAGUUGUCAGGUGGAGCGAAAAUCAACAGAUUGUUUCACGAGAGGUUCCCCUUUGAAAUUGUUAAGAUGGAAUUUGACGAGAAGGAACUACGCCGCGAGAUCGCAUUCGCUAUUAGGAAUAUACAUGGUAUAAGAGUUGGUCUCUUCACACCUGACAUGGCGUUUGAGGCUAUAGUAAAGAAACAGAUCGCAAGACUAAAAGAACCCAGCCUCAAGUGUGUAGAUCUUGUCGUUCAAGAGUUAUCGAAUGUGGUUCGCUUUUGCACUGAAAGGAUGUCCCGCUACCCGCGUCUUCGCGAGGAGACUGAACGCAUCAUCAUGUCUCACGUACGUUCUCGUGAGCAGCAGUGCAAGGAACAGCUUGUGUUGUUGAUCGACUGCGAACUCGCAUACAUGAACACUAAUCACGAGGACUUCAUAGGAUUCGCCAAGGCCAAGGAUGAAUGUGCUCAAAAUCAAUCUGAAAAUUCAGCUAAAUCAGGUCAUCGCGCGCUCGGUAACCAGGUUAUUAGGAAAGGUUACAUGUGCAUUCACAAUUUGGGAAUUAUGAAAGGAGGUUCCCGCGACUACUGGUUCGUGUUGACGUCAGAGAGUAUCUCGUGGUAUAAGGAUGAAGAGGAACGUGAGAAGAAAUAUAUGCUGCCGCUUGACGGACUCAAGUUGAGGGAUCUUGAACAAGGGUUCAUGUCCAGACGACACAUGUUCGCACUCUUCAACCCCGAGGGGCGAAAUGUUUAUAAGGACUAUAAGCAGCUAGAACUUUCAUGUGAAAAUCAAGACGACGUUGACUCGUGGAAGGCUUCGUUCUUAAGGGCCGGUGUGUAUCCUGAGAAGACUUCGGAGGCAGCCAACGGAGAUGAGAGCGAAGGAAACGAGAGUUCUGAUACAUCGGUGACAAGCAGUAUGGAUCCUCAGCUGGAGCGGCAGGUUGAGACGAUUCGAAACCUGGUUGACUCUUACAUGCGUAUAGUGACCAAGACAACCCGCGACCUGGUCCCCAAGACUAUCAUGCUGAUGAUCAUCAACAACGCCAAGGACUUCAUCAAUGGGGAGCUAUUGGCACAUUUGUAUGCCUCCGGAGAUCAGUCCCAAAUGAUGGAAGAAUCGCCCGAGGAGGCCUUGAAGCGAGAGGAGAUGCUGCGGAUGUACCACGCGUGCAAGGAGGCGCUCCACAUCAUAGGCGACGUGUCUAUGGCCACCGUGAGCACCCCCGUGCCGCCGCCCGUCAAGAACGACUGGCUCGAGAGCAGGCUGGACUCGAACCCGAGACUGUCCCCGCCGUCACCGGGCGGACCCAGGAGAGCUGCGCCUGCGCAACAAGGUUCAUAUAGAUCACUAGAGUUUAGGUCAUUGAAUAGUUCUCUCGGCCAGCGCGGCGCCCCCCCAGUCCCCGGCGGUGGCGCGGGCCGGCCCGCUCCCCCCCUACCGUCCCGACCAGGAGGCGCCGCCCCCCCGCCGCCCGCCGCCAGGCCUGUACCCGGACAGGGCCUGCCCGCGCCGCUCAUACCCACGCGUCCCGGUUCCGGCGGCGGUGUGGUCGGCCAGCUGCCUCCACACAUGAGACAGCAGAUCAACCAGGCUGUCGGACAAGCGGUCACCAACGCUGCCAUCAGCGAACUGAGCUCCGCCUUCGCUAAGUUCAAGUAA